AUGAAGUUGGAGGUCACGUUCAUCCGGAUUUUCACCUGGUUUACGAAGUGUUCAAGUGAUGGCCACGUUGAACGAAACUUUCUCUUUUCAGUGCAAGGUUUUAGACACAAUUUUUUGGAUGGACUUGAAACCGAUGGUGCUGCUUUCGCCGUUUACAAGGAUGGGGUCGCAGUCGUAGACUUAUGGGGUGGCUAUGCAAAUGUUUCUUCGCGGAAACCAUGGGAGAAAGAUACAAUGGCUAUUGUCUUCUCAUCGACAAAGGCAGUUGCGUCUCUUUGUAUAGCCCUGCUGGUUGACAGGCAUAUGAUGAACUAUGACGACCUCGUGACGAACUUCUGGCCAGAAUUCGGUAAACAUGGCAAAGCAAACGUUACGAUUAGAAUGUUAGUUGAUCACGAAGCUGGUCUGGCAGGAAUCGACGAAGAACUCACCAUAGAGCGUGCAAAAGAUUUUGAAAUUCUGAAGAAAAUAUUCGAAGAUCAAAAGCCAAACUGGUCUCCCGGUCAAAAACGGGGAUACCAUGCUGUAAGUUUUGGAUGGCUCCUAGACCAGAUUGUACGAAGAGUUGAUGAAAAGCAUCGAAGUCUAGGCAAGUUUUUCGAUGAAGAGAUCGCAAAACCGCAUGGUAUCGAAUUUUUUAUCGGGCUUCCAAAGGAAUUAGAAUAUCGCGUGGCUACUGUUUCGUUUGCACGUUUCUCUGAAAUUUUUAAGAAACUUUUCAACUGGGUAUUUUUACGUCUUGUGAUCAUUCCCUAUAGUCCGUUUUCUGUUCCGUACAUAAAAAGCGCCUUCACGAAUCCUAAAUGGAUAAUGAGCACAUCGGAAAACGGUAUAGUCAUGCUAAAUACUCCAGAGUUUCACGCCAUGGAGAUACCUGCAGCGAACGGAAUUGGCACUGCCGAAUCGCUUGCCAAGCUUUUUUCGCUUGUUAUAUCUGGAAAGGUUUUGACCAAAAAUGCGAUGCGCAUGUUGAUGACGCCUGUCCAAGAAAAUGUUUAUGACGAAAUCAUUGGAUGGAAUUUGAGCUACGGAUGGGGUUUUAUAUACGUCAAAAAUCCGUUUGGUCAGUACAUUUUGGGUCAUCCUGGUUAUGGUGGUCAAAAUGUGAAGAUUGAUUUUCAUAACAAUCUUUCGUUCGCGUAUGUGACGAAUAAAAUGAAGCCAGAAAUCGGAGACGAAACCGAAACUUUCAAGCGUUUGAAGGCAGCCGUAGAAAACUUUGAAAUUGGUCUCGUGUCUGAAGGUGCCGCUUUCUCAGUGUAUGUCGAUGGAAAGCUAGUGGUCGAUGUUUGGGGAGGAUAUGCAGACUAUUCAACGAAUAGGGAAUGGAAAGCGGAUACAAUGGGUCUUUGGUUUUCUACUACUAAAGCCAUUGCUGCUCUUUGUAUUGCCGUCUUAAUUGACCGCGACUUAUUGAAUUAUCAGCAUCUAGUCAUAAAAUACUGGCCCGAGUUUGGUAAAAACGGAAAGACGAACAUUACACUGGAAAUGAUACUAAACCAUGAGGCAGGACUAGCAGUAUUGGAUGAAGAUUUUACAAUGCAAGAAGCAGAAGAUUUGGUAAAGCUGAGUCAGAUUCUCGAGCGACAGAAACCAUUCCAUACUCCUGGUGCUAAGCGCUUCUAUCAUGUGCUAACCUUUGGUUGGCUGCUAGACCAAAUUGUUCGGCGAGUGGACCCCCAAAACCGCAGUAUUGGAGCUUGGUUUCAUGAUGAAAUCGCUAAACCAUACGGUAAAAGCCGCUUAUUGAUAUGCUUUAAGGUUAGACUGGCAUCGACUACCAACAGAGUUUACUGGUUCUCUGCUGAUGUUCAUUAUGUACGGCGAUACUUCGAAUACCCGUCUCUAGCAUGCAUAUCAGAAUUGACUUAUAUGAGAAUCGACUUUUAUAUCGGUCUUCCGCUGGAACAUGAUUCAAGAGUGGCAACGCUGUGUAAACCAAGCUUCUUAGACAUGUUUGGCUUGUUUACUGAUCCAGUGUACCGGCGUAUAGCCCUUGACAUCGUGAACCCAUUUUCGGACUCAUUCAUCAAAAAAGUCUUCACGAUUCCAAGUUGGAUUAGUGCGAAUUCGGCAAACAUUAUUGAUACUUUUAACAGCCGAGAGUUCCGUGCACUGGAGUUAUCAGCAGCAAAUGGAAUUGGAACUGCAAAGGCCCUUGCGAAAGCCUUUUCGUUAUUAAUUUCCGGUCGUGUUAUCAGUCGGCAGCUUUUGAAUGCGCUGUCAAAGCCCGUCCGUAUAAACGUUUACGAUGAGCUCUUUACAGUCAGAGUUACCACUGGAUGGGGUUUCAUGUUUGGAAAGAAUCCAAUGGGUCAAUAUGUUUUCAUGCAUCCUGGUCUUGGUGGGCAGAAUUUAAAGGUCGAUCCUCAUAAUAAUGUCGCCAUGGCUUAUUUGACGAACGGGAUGAAGUUGGACCUCGGCGAAAAAAGUGUUGUCUUUCAACGCUUGGAGAUCGCCGUUUACGAAUGUUUAAAAAAUAUCAGAAAUAAUCAAAACCUUACUGCAGAACCAACUGCAUGGAUUCCAGAAUGAGC